UUAUAACGGUAUCACACUGUAGGAUAUCCGAUCCUGAAAUGAGCUUCAGGAUAUGCUGAGGGGGCGUGGUUGUGUCGUCUGCUAAACAGCUGAUCUGCAAGUACCUGCCAGGGACCAAACAAUACACAAUGAGUGAUGAGUUUGACUACAUCUCUCCCAUUCCCGAGGAUCGAUACAAUGAGGUGAUCGUUCACUUGAGGAACAACUUCUUUGCGGACGAGCCACUGAACAAGUCUGUGGGGUUGUGUUUGCAAGGAGAACCUCACACUGAACUGGAGACCCAUAGUUUGAAUACUCUGAGGGAUCAACUGUCCGUCAUGGCCAUCGAUAAAAAUACUCUUGAGGUAUGCGGUGUAUCUCUCAACGGUGUUUGUCUUCCGGGAGACAUUCAGAAGGAAAGGGACAAGUUGGAGAAGAUGACAGAUGAGAAGUUCAAACGGAUCUUCACUCUCCUCUACGACCUAAAUGAAUCUCUGGAUUUGUUUAGUAAAUACAACGCAGACAAGAUAUUUGAUGCAAGGAUUCUAUCGGUAGAUUCUAAUUACCGAGGAAAAGGACUCGGGAAAGGACUCAUCAUGCAGGCUGUAAAUGUGGCAAGGGAACACGAUUUUAAGGUAAUCAAAGGAGAUGCAACUGGAAUGUUCUCCCAGAAAAUCCUCAUUUCUUUGGGGUUUGAGCUAGUCCACGAAUUGAAAUAUGCCGACCACGUUGAUGAAAACGGAGAUCAAAUAUUCAAGACUCCAGCGCCACAUGAAUCUUUGAAAAUAAUGGUUAAACUACUUGAAUAAAAUAUUCAUUGGGCAGUGAAAAUUAAUGUACAAUGGCGAAAUGGCCAAUGAAAAUAUAUGAUGAAAAUGAAGUAAAGAGAGAUUUAUGGUUGGAUGUUAGAAGAAGAUUGGAUUGUUAGCUAAAAGAGCAAAACUUGAGCUGGAUUAAAUGCUAGGUUUUUAAAUCAAGUAAAAUAUUUGUGCUGUUAUCUCUUCUUGCAGGUUAUUUAAUUUUUUUUUACCCAUUGUAACCAUGUCCAUUUGAUAUGUACUCCUCGAUUAAGAUAAUUAGAGAGGUUUGUUAUACAGGUUACUAAGUAGGCUAAGUAAAUAUAGGAAGGUUUGAAGUAAAAUUUGUAAAAAAAUAUUUACUGGAACAUAAAAUGCAGAGAAAGAAUAAUAUAUAUUGUUUUUCAAUAAUCUGGAAAUUUGAACACUGAUAGUUUCUAAUAUGUAAUACAAUUAAUAUGGUAGAAAUUUCUAAAAUAGUAUUUCUAACGAUUAGUUUUAUUGUUAUCGCAUUAUUUUAUAGGGUUAAAUACCACCUAAAUCAGUAUUAUUUUUUCAAGUAUUUAUAGUAUUUUUUUAUUAUAAGUAAUAUAAAUUAAUAUUUAUCUAUCAUACCACAGACAAAUAAAAUAAACAUAGACCGGCAGCAGUGCUGCGGUUAGCAUAUGUUCCGGCGCCCACCGCUAUUUUUUUUUUUUUUGUCCUAAGACGCUAGGCACGAGCCUGGAAUUGUUUUUCACGUUACUUCAGGCUAGACCUAGGGGUAGCGGCAUUAUCACUUAGAUAAAAUCCAUUGGUGAUUGGCGGGAUUCGAACCCGGGACCUCAGGGACUGGAGUCCCGCGCUCUAACCACUAGACCAGCUCGCUCCCCAACCGCCCACCACUAUAGGAGUGCCGUGUAGUUACGGCGCACACCGCUAACUACAGGGUGCUCCUAGCAGUGGGCGCCGGAACCUUCCUUUGACAGUCUAUAUUUAUUCUAUUUGUCUUUGAUCAUACACACAAAUUUGAAAAUGACACAGUAGCGAGAGUGAAGUAUGAAUCUUAAAUCAAGACAAUAAUAAAAUACAAUAACUUUUUGUAAAUGUAUAU